AUGCUUAAGAAGGUCUACGGUUUCUACGGCCUCUUCACCCUCUGCAUGCUCGCAGGGGCUGCCAUCUCCAUCGCGUUCUCCCUCGUUUUCGGCAAGAAGGACUUGUUCUUCAACAUGAUCUUCUCCGCGGAGGACCGUAUCAGCGGUAUCAUCCUCGGUGUCUUCCUCGCCAUUACCUCUGCGAUCGCCAUCCUUGCCGUUGUGCAGCGCAACCACGUCACCGGUCCUCUCGUCAUGCUCAAUUGGGUUUUGAUCGCCGACGCCGUUGCGGUUAUUGUCGUUGGUUCUCGUCUCUGGUUCUUCUCCCUGCGCCAACGCGCCGAGUUCCACACGAAGUGGGUCGAGUUGGCCCCGGCCGACCGCAUUACCAUCCAGGACAUGUUCUCCUGCUGCGGUUACUUCAUGGGCAACGAUACCGCCGAGAUUGGCGGCAAGUUCUGCACCAGCCAGGACUUCGCCAACUCACUCAACGCAACCAACACGGCUAACUUCUGUGUCACGCCUAUCACUGCGAAGACGGACUACACGCUUGAGAACACCUUCACGUCCAUCUACGCGUUCAUGGUCCCCGUCAUCGGCCUCUUCCUGGCCUCGCUGUGCGUGAUUCAGAUGCGCAACGAGAUCGAGCGCUUCAAGCGGAUCGACUUGAAGCGUGGCGGCCGUGGCUUUGUCUAA